GUGGCCUCCGAUCACUCACUGCCUGGCUCCCUCAUCGCAUCCGAUCACGAGCGCUGCUCGUUUCCUGUCGAAUCCAUUCAAUUGCUGUGGUGGAUGUUGCAGUGGGCUCAAUUUAGAACGCACUGUGGUUGACGACGCAGUUGUGCGAAUGCUGGUAGCCAUUUUGAUCGAGGCUCUUUUUGGGAUCUGGUGCUGGACGACGCAUUAACGUUGAGAUUCACCGCAAUUGUGUCUGUAGUUGUUGUAGUAGUAGUAGUGUGGCAGUCAUGGCGUCGGGGAAGGUGAUGGACCCGGACAAUUUGAACGAGAAUGUGAAGAAGACGGUGUAUGCCGUGCGGGGAGAGCUCUACCUGCGCGCCUCGGAGCUGCAGAAAGAGGGCAAGAAGAUCAUUUUCACCAAUGUCGGCAACCCGCAUGCUCUUGGUCAGAAGCCUCUUACAUUCCCUCGCCAGGUCAUGGCUCUGUGUCAGGCCCCCUUCUUGAUGGAUGACCCCCAUGUUGGGCUACUUUUCCCCGCCGACGCGAUUGCCAAAGCCAAGCACUAUUUGGCUAUGACCUCAGGAGGCGUUGGAGCUUACAGUGAUUCCAGAGGGCUCCCUGGUGUGCGGCAGGAGGUUGCAAAUUUUAUCCUGCAGCGUGACGGAUAUCCGAGCGAUCCGGAGAAUAUCUUCCUCACUGAUGGAGCUAGCAAAGGUGUAGCACAAGUUUUGAAUGCCCUCAUCCGCGAUGAGAAGGAUGGGGUACUGGUUCCUAUUCCACAAUAUCCUUUGUACUCAGCAACGAUUCAGCUUCUAGGAGGCACACUGGUGCCGUAUUAUUUGGCUGAGGAGGAUAACUGGGGUUUGAAUACUAAUGACCUGCGUAAAUCUGUCACUGAAGCUCGCAGGAAGGGGAUUUGUGUCCGAGGAUUGGUUUUUAUCAAUCCAGGAAAUCCAACUGGUCAAUGUCUAACCGAGAAAAAUUUGCGGGAACUUAUCGAGUUCUGCAUCAAGGAAAAGAUUGUGCUGAUGGCUGACGAGGUUUACCAGCAAAACGUUUAUCAAGAUGAGCGCCCCUUUAUCAGCGCGAGGAAGGUGCUGAUGGGCAUGGGACCCCCAGUCAGUGAAGCUCUGGAGUUGGUUUCAUUCCACACGGUGUCGAAGGGUUUCCUCGGAGAGUGUGGACAGCGAGGUGGAUACUUUGAAAUGACCAAUAUUCACCCCAAGACUGUGGACGAGCUCUACAAGGUUUCCUCCAUUGCCCUGAGUCCUAAUGUCACUGGACAAAUCAUGAUGGGUUUGAUGGUCAGUCCUCCAAAACCAGGAGACAUUUCGUAUCCUCUGUACAAGGCAGAAAGUGAAGCUAUCUCGCUGUCUUUGAGGAAAAGAGCGCAUAUCAUGACAGAUGGUUUCAAUGCUUGUGAAAACAUUGUCUGCAAUUUUACGGAGGGAGCCAUGUACUCUUUCCCACAAGUAAAGUUGCCCCAGGCUGCUAUUGCUGCUGCUAAGAAAGCAGGGAAAGCUCCUGACGUCUUCUAUUGCUUGCGGCUUUUGGAAGCUACUGGAAUUUCUACUGUUCCAGGUUCAGGAUUUGGCCAGAAAGAGGGGACCUUUCACGUGCGGACAACAAUUUUACCCUCGGAGAGAGACAUGCCUGGAAUCAUGGAAAGCUUCAAGAAGUUUAACGCGGACUUCAUGGCACAACAUUCAGACACCAAGUCGAAGCUUUGAGGACACAUGAUCUCACACUACCUACAUCACCAGUUCCUGUGGUGGGGAAUGCGCAGACAUCACCUGCGUUGCGUAUUCGAUCUUGGGCUGGAUCAUUCCAUCUCAAUUAAGGACAGGCAUGACAAGCAAUACCCGAAAGACGCACCUCCACGUAGUCAUGAAAAUAUCUCUAGGCUUCUGUAAACUUCUUCUGCUGGUGUCCCUUGAAGCGAGACCCACUCUAUAAAUCGUCAUUUAUGACACUGCGAAGCAGACAGAUGUAGCAUAAAAAAACAUCAGCAAUUUGACGUUGGAGAUUGUAUUUUAUUCCGAGUUCACGUUGGAAUGACAUUCUGCAUCUCCUAGAGAACAAGGCCAGCUUUCUUCUGGUUGCAUGGUUUUUUA